GGAAGCUGGUAUUUAACCAAGACAACUGGACAACUGCAUAUUUUGUGCGAAGGUCUGUCACACUUCAUUGGGAAACCUUUGAGAGGCUCACUUGUUGAAGGAGAAUGUCUGGAGAGGCAACCCAUCAUAUGACCGUACAUGGAUCGCCGACAAAAUACGUUAAGUUGAAUGUGGGAGGAUCUCUCCAUUACACCACCAUCGGAACACUCACCAAGCAAGAUAGCAUGUUGAGAGCCAUGUUUAGUGGUAGACUGGAGGUUUUGACAGAUACUGAAGGUUGGAUUCUUAUCGAUCGCUGUGGAAAACAUUUUUCCCUCAUUUUAAACUUCAUGCGCGAUGGAACUGUACCAUUACCACAAAAUGAAGUAGAGUUGCAAGAAAUCUUGAUUGAAGCCAAGUAUUACUUGAUUGAGCAGCUCAUUGAACAGUGUGAAAAAGCACUUGAAAAGAAAAAAGAAGAACAUGACCCUAUCUGCCGUGUUCCACUCAUAACCUCAUCCAAAGAGGAAAGGCAACUUGUCACUGGUAAAAAGCCUGUGGUGAAACUGUCGUAUAACAGAUCAAAUAACAAAUAUUCAUACACUGGUCAGUCAGAUGAUAACUUGCUGAAAAAUAUUGAACUCUUCGACAAGCUGUCGCUUCGAUUCAAUGGAAGAAUUCUGUUUAUCAAGGACUUGAUCGGCAACAACGAAAUCUGCUGUUGGACAUUCUAUGGAAACGGAAAAAAGCUUGCUGAGGUGUGCUGCACAUCAAUUGUCUAUGCCACAGAGAAACCGCAGACAAAAGUCGAAUUUCCGGACUCAAGAAUUUACGAGGAGUCUCUGAACGUUCUUCUGUACGAGCACAGAGGAAAUGGAAACUUUCCCGAUGCCGAACUACUCAGCGCAACUCGUAGAGCCGUCGGGCCACGAGUUAUUCCGGAAAAUGACGACGAUUCGUCAAGAAAACAAGACAAAAACCGAUGAGUUUAGAAGCCAAACACCUUUUAUGAAGUCUUCAACUGCAGUAACUUGCUGCAGUAACUUGAUUUUUUUACUGCACUGUCCGGCAUUUACACCAGAAUUCGUAACUUUCAACAUGAACUCCAGCUAUCUCAACUAAUUCAGCUAGUUCAUGUUGGAUUUUCUCCGUUUGUGAAGAAACUUUUUCGAAUACUUGUCUCGUACGUGUACACACACGUUCGGUUGUGGUUACAUGAGAUGGAUGAAUGGCGUGUUCAUUUUGAGGAAAGCUUAUAAUCAAUUCUUUAAUUUUGUGCAGAGGUUUUUUGCGUGUUUGUUCGUCAUACUGUGGAGUCGUUAAGGAAACCAAGCAGGAGCUCAAAAGGGAGAAAAAAUGAAAUAUAAAACAUAGCAUUUGCUGCUUUAUCUACCACCAUAUUAAUCAUCAGGGAACCUGGGAUUAACCAUACCCAACGAAAUACCCUACCCUCCAACCCAGUUUCCCAAUCAACUAUCCUUUCGUUUUCAUUUUGAUUGACAGGGUUCACGUUAGACCCCCGUCUCUGUUGCCCAAAUAUUUGUACCUUGCUUUAAUCCAAAUUGUGAGAGAUCUGUUACUUGAAAAAGAUCAAGAACAGCCCCACUCACCGAAGUACAUAAUCGUAAUAGGGGAAUGCCUGGUUUUUAAACGGCCUCUGAAAUUAGAGCGAUUGCAAUAGUACAGGGUUACAUAUAAUCUAUUAGCGAGAUGAAAUGAAACAUGAAUUGGACCCAGGACUUGUAUCGGCUAGUGUUGGUAUUAACAAAAUGAGUGUGGUAUGGGAACUAGUAGUUGAAACCCCUGCAGUUUUGCAUAAACAAGCAGAGGCAAGUUAUGUUUGAAUUGAAAUUAAAGGAAGAAUCAAAGUCAA